UGCCGAACCAGACCCCCUCUGUUAACAUUUCAACAUGGUCGCCGCUCGAGAGAAUUUCUUAAUGAAUUUUUGUGGAAUUUGAGUCAAAUUAUUUAAUCGAAAUGGGCCGAUGGAUGAAUUUCAGGCUGGUGCUGCAUAAAUACAACUUAUAUCUCUUGUAUGGGAUGUGCGGAUUAAUAUUCACGACACAACUGGCCAUGAUAUAUGUGCAUCAAACCGGCGGACAAGCUACCAUUAAUAAAGAUGAUAUUUUCAAGAAGGGAGAAUACAUUGAAAAACUUGAGAACGCUUUUGAAAAAUUUACCAAGGUAAAGAGUAUUGAUCCAUUUGAGCCAAGUGAAGAGGAAAAACUGAGGAAAAAGUGACAAAAGAUAUGCCUGACACAAGCCAAAGUCAAAAGUCUGUUUCAUUAUCAUCUUGGAUAAUGUGGUAGCAUUGUAGUUUAGAAGGCAGGGGAUUGCAUUAUCACAAGUCAUGUAGAACCAUCAGCAUACUGUACCCCUGAUGUUGCCUGUUUAUUUGUUGUUUUUUUUGUUUUUUUUUUGCUGAACAAUCAAUUUAAGAUUAUGAGACUGGAGGAUUUAUGCAAAACUAGGAGACUCAGGUUUUGCAGGUAUAGAAUCAAAAGGCAGAUUGUCUUCGUGUUUUUUUCAAGAGUUUUAUAAAAAAAAACUAGAUAAAGAGUCAACGUGACACUAAAAGAGGCUGCUUAGCAGACUAAGAAGUUAAGACUAUGAAUGCCUCAAGAAUGUCAUCCUAGCAAAACCAGGGGUAUUUCCUCUAAAGAUGCAAGAAUAUUUAUUCUUCUGAACGUUCAUUUGAUGCGGUGUUAGUACCGGAUUUGUGAAUAUUUUAGAAGUAGAUACCCAAACCUUAGGUCUAAAUAGAAGUUUUUUUAUGUUGUUAAUUUUUUUUUUUUUACGAUAAAAAAAUGUCCGAAAUAAAAUUUGAUCUCGCGCUGGUUUUUUUGUAUGGUCAGCGGCCUUCGCAUGCUUAUUACCAUGGCAAUGGCCUCGAGUGUUCUUUCGAACGCAGUCAUCGAGCACUCGAAUGGCGUUCGAACAUCUGGCGCGCGAGGAAAUCAGUUCGUAAAACCUAUCCCAUUUUAGAUGGCGGAGAGCGAUAAAUACAAGCUCGAACUUGAAGAGCAAAAGAAGAACGUAUUUGUGACACAGCUGAGAGAAGAGGACGACGAAGAUGUCGAAACUCGAAAGUACCAAGUUGUCAACGAGACUUCAGGCAAACUACUGGAAACAGGGCUCAAGACUUUCCAGUCAACCCUGCUCCUCAAGAAACAGCUUGAAGUGGAAAAAGUCCAGGAAGACCUUGAGAUCAAGAGGCAGCAGUUUGCCGAGAGGAUGGCAGCUUGUAAACGCAAGGAGGAGGAGCUUAAGAAAAAACAGCUACAGAUAAGAGAUAGAGUGGGGAAAUUUGAGAAGUUCAUCAAAGAGAAUGAAGCAAAGAGAAGACGAGCUGUUCAGAAAUACCAGACUGAACUGAAACUAAAGGACCAAAAGUCUAAAGAAGAGGAGAUUCUGGCUGCAGAAUUGCAGCAGUUAAAAGCAAGGAAACACUCACUAGAAGCCAAGAUUGCAAAAUAUUCUGUCUAUGAGAAAUAUCUACUGAAAGUAUUGGACUUCCUACCUGAAGAUUACCUUGAAGCAAGCGACUCCAUGCUGAUGGGGAUCAUGAUGAGAUUUAGGACUCUCAGUGCCACCAACCAUACGUUAAUGCAGAUGUUAUCAGACAAGGCAGACGGGGUGGAACAAUCACAGCAGAAAUUAUUGGACAUGAACAACAAUCACACACAACAUUUAGUGCUCAUCAACAGUGAGCUUGCACAUCUACAGCAGAUUUUGGAAGAAACAUCUCAGAAGAAUGCCGAACUGGACCAGCUCCUUAUCAACAACAAGACUACUGUCAGACACCAGAGCGAAAUUCUCGGUCGUAUCCAGUUAGCCAUCAACAACAUAUCGGAACGUUGCCAAAGACGAGUUCUGGUUCCUGUCGAAACGCUAGACUACGAUACCAAACUACACUUGAUUCAAGACCACAUAUCCGAAUACAAUGACAUUUGCAGGCUAGCAAAGCCUUCCGAGGGGGGUCCCCUUAGUACGAAUGGACCUGUUUCCAGUGCCUCGAUUCUGAAGAAGGAUGCGCGGACAGUAAAAACACAGGAAUCCGCGCUUAAGAGCGGCGGGGCGCGCGGGCGACAUCCGCACCAAGAAUUGCGCUUCGCGGCGGAUGUGAAAUAGACACUAGAACACAUGACAUAACACGUGACGGCCUUGUGCGAGAGGGCUUGGGACCUAGAGUGAUACACGAGACAAGCAUGCUUAUUGCGUGGGAGUGAGUGACUCCUUCCCACGCGAAGGCAUAGCAAAACUAUAGAGCUCUCAUCUCUCAAUCAGUAAGAACAAAUCAAACUUCAUAAAAUAUACUGUAAAUUUGUAAAUAACAUAAAUACCUAUGUGUGCAUAGUUUUGGAAAGGAUUUUGUACCAAAAUGCAUUAAAGAUAUGCAAUAUUUUGAUGUUUCUGCCGUUCGUAGUUUUCUGUACAAAGAAGUAUGUCUGUUCUUAAUUUAGUUUGUGUAUGGAGUGUUUUAUACCGGGUUUUAAAUAAACCUUGGAACAAAGCCUGUAAUAGUGAAAAUGUAACAGUCAAAGAGUAUCGGGCAGCCCAUCACAAAAGAGAACAAAGACUGUAUAUUAGUGCCAAAUGAGCUUGAAUGCAUUGUACUAAAUACAAACUAUAAAAAUA